CUUAAGCGUAAAGCGCCAGGCUUGCAAGUGAUUAUAGGUUAACUGCCUGAUCGACACUUUGGUACUUCUUGCUGCAGUCGCUCUACGUCGACUUUUUAUGCUGCCGCUCGCAACUCGCGUGAUUUUUUACCGCUUGGGGUCUUUGCCGUUCAACGUAGUCGUCGCUGGCGUUGCUGCUGCCGCUGUCAAUAAACGAGACAUCGCUGUGGGUUUGCUCAUUAAGUGGGCGGUUCACUCAGAUUCAGUCGCUCGUGAAACGUUAAAACGCGCGAAACGGGUCGUCGUCUCGACUACGUUAUCUGAAAUUCUUAAAAACAAUUCCUCAGCUUUUGAAAGCAGACAUAUACGACCGUUAAUAAAGAAUUUGUCGCAGCAAAUACCAUAAAGCAACAAGCGCUGCAAAAGGUGUAAAUAACGGUAAUCCUGCCCACAAUGUCAGCGUCCAGCAAGCAGCAGGAGGCAGAGGAAAGCGACCAUAAUCCCCAGGUGGUGGUUACGCCGACAGGUGCAACGCACAGCAUACGUCACGAUCGCAGCCUAUGGCGAGAUCUGACUGCCUAUUGGAUAUUAGGUCUGUGCAACAACUAUGGCUACGUGGUUAUGCUGAGUGCUGCGCACGAUAUCAUAGCACAGUUCAAUGAUGAGCCUGAGGUCGGGGACGGCGAAGCUGCGGGCACGGGGCGCGAGUGCCAUUUGGUAUCGACGGGCGCCAUAUUGCUGGCCGAUGUCUUACCUUCGCUGUUUGUCAAAAUUCUUAUGCCCUUCUUUCCCUUCUGGGUCAAUACACGCAUUGGCAUAGCGGUUGCCUGCUCGGCAGCGGGCUUUCUGUUUGUGGGCUUCGCAAAUGCCGAAUGGAUGGCACUGCUCGGUGUAAUUAUUACCUCGGCUAGCAGCGGCAUUGGCGAAACAACUUUCCUGGCUUACUCCUCGCGCUUCAACAAAAAUGUCAUAUCGACUUGGUCCUCGGGCACUGGCGGCGCAGGAGUCAUUGGCUCGCUCAGCUAUGCGACGCUGCGCUCUCUGGAAUUCAGUCCACGCGACACGAUGCUGAUCAUGUUAAUAUUUCCUGCUAUUGAAGCGUGUGCCUUUUGGCUGCUCUUGCGUCGUCCUCAAGUCUUGCCCGUCACCACGGUAGAAUCGACCGAGGAGCUUAUAAGCGACGAUAAGCCCUUGGUGGGCUUCAAGGAGAAGUUGUCCUACAUUAAGCAUCUGUUUAAGUAUAUGAUUCCACUGUGCCUGGUCUACUUCUUCGAGUACUUUAUCAAUCAGGGACUGUUCGAGCUGGUUUACUUUGAGAACAUCUUCCUGGAUAAGGCGUCUCAGUAUCGCUGGCUGAAUGUGGACUAUCAGAUAGGCGUGUUUAUAUCACGCUCCUCCGUCAACAUUUUCCAACUGAAUAAAAUCUGGCUAAUGUCCGUGUUCCAGUUCAUCAACGUUAUCUACUUCCUGACCGAAGUCAUUUGGUUCUACACGCCCACCAUUUGGAUUGUGUUCGUUAUUGUGCUGUGGGAGGGUCUGCUGGGCGGCGGUGCCUAUGUCAACACCUUCUAUCGCAUGUCCAAGGAAAUAGCGCCGGGUCGCCAACAGUUCGCCAUGUCCAUGGUCGUACAAUCCGAUUCAUAUGGCAUUGCUCUGGCCGGAUUCCUGGCAAUACCCGUGCAUAAUGCGAUUUGUGGACUGCCAGCAGCAGUGCGAAGUGUCGUCUGGUAAUAGGAAUGGAAUAUAUAUAUAUAUAUAUAUAGAACAUAGAACGAGCUCAUAAUGAGUAUUUGAUUAUGCCUUUAAAUUAGCUAAUGUCUGCGUGAGUGUGUGUUUGUGUACAUUUUUUAUUAUACAUGUAUGUGUGAGUGUGUGUGAGAGUGUAUGUCUUUGCCUUGCUGAGGCCCAUGUAAUUUAGCAAUUAGUUUAAUAGUAUAUCUAACUUGUAGACACUUUUAAAAUGAAGUGUAAAUUGUAUUAAACUAGACCUAAAGAUCAUGUAAAAUAAUAAUGUUCAAUGACCGCAGCAAACAGCUGUGAGAACAAAUUCUAAACAAUUAAAAAGACUAUGGACAAU